GGCUUCAGCGUUGGUCUCGCUCUCGGGUCCCAGCCCUGCUCGGGCCCCGCCCGGCCCCGCCCUCUCCCCACAGCUCGGGGCAGACCCGCCCGAGUUACAAGAGCCGCCUCCGCGCGCGGGGGCCCGGCCACUUGGAGCAGCUCUGCCGCGGGGACUGCACUCUCCGCCCUGCCAGCCCCGCCCCGACUGGGGCUCGCCGUCGCCAGCAGUCUUUGCACUGCGACCUCGGGCCCUACGCCGCCUAUGGCUGCGUCCUGGGACUGAGCCCGCAGGCUGUGUGACCGAGAUUCCCAAAGAGAGAGAGAGAGACCGAUAGAAGAAGAGAAGGAGGCGGGGCGGGCUCCUGGCAAGGCAUUUGCUCCUGAAUAGAGUCCUGCAAAGAGCUUGUUUCUUUACCUCAUCCCAGAUGGAGAAGGAGGAGGAGACAACCCGGGAGCUGCUGCUGCCUAACUGGCAGGGCAGUGGCUCCCAUGGACUGACCAUUGCCCAGAGGGACGAUGGAGUCUUCGUACAGGAAGUGAUGCAGAACUCCCCUGCGGCCCGCACCGGGGUGGUCAAGGAGGGGGACCAGAUUGUGGGUGCCACCAUCUAUUUUGACAACCUGCAGUCUGGUGAGGUGACCCAGCUGCUGAACACCAUGGGGCAUCACACUGUUGGCUUGAAGUUGCAUCGUAAGGGGGACCGGUCCCCUGAGCCUGGACAGACCUGGACCCAUGAAGUCUUCAGCUCCCGUAGCUCUGAGGUGGUUCUGAGUGGGGAUGAUGAGGACUACCGACGAAUCUACACCACAAAGAUCAAGCCACAUCUGAGGUCAGAGGAUGGAGUAGAAGGGGACCUUGGAGAGACCCAGAGCCGUACCAUUACAGUGACCAGAAGGGUCACAGCCUACACUGUGGAUGUCACUGGUCGGGAAGGAGUGAAAGACAUUGAUAUCAGCAGCCCUGAGUUCAUGAUCAAGAUACCAAGGCAUGAAGUGACUGAGAUCUCCAACACAGAUGUGGAAACCCAGCCUGGGAAGACGGUGAUCAGACUGCCCUCAGGAUCAGGGGUAGCUUCUCCAACUACAGGCUCUGCCAUGGAUAUCCGGGCAGGUGCCAUUUCUGCUUCAGGACCAGAGCUCGAAGGUGCUGGCCAAUCAAAAUUCCAGGUCACUGUGCCUGGAAUAAAGGUGGGAAGUCCAGGAGUCAAUGUCAGUGCAAAAGACUUGGGCUUAGGUGGCAAGGGAGGGAGCCAAGUUCCUGGAGUGGACACUUCGUCCACUUCUCUUGGGACUGGCUCAGUAGAGGUACAGGGCCCAUCCCUCCAGAGUGGUGAUAUUGGGAAAAUUAAAAUUCCUACCAUGAAGAUGCCAAAAUUUGGUGUCUCAGCAGGCCCAGAGGUGGGGCUGAAUGUUACUGCACCUGAAUUCUCUGUGGGGCAUGAGGGUGAAAAGCCAGGCUUGACCAUUGGUGGGGAUAUCCAGGCCCCUCAUCUGGAAGUCAGUGCCUCCUCUGCCAAUAUUGAGGGGCUUGGGGGGAAGCUGACGGGUCCCCAAAUCAGUGGGCCAUCACUUGAGAGUGACUUAGGUCUGAAAGGUACCAAGUUGCAGGGGAGCAUAGGAAUGGGUACUUGUGCUUCCAAAAUUGAGGGCAGCAUCACUGGUCCCAGUGUGGAAGUUGGAACCCCUGACGUUGAUAUUCCUGGACUGGGGGGCAAACUGAAUGUGCCCAAGAUGAAAGUCCCUAAAUUCUCUGCAUCAGGUUCAAAGGGAGAGGGGGUUGGGAUUGAUGUGACAUUGCCCACAGGUGAAGUGACCCUUCCUGGCAUCUCUGGGGAUGUCGAUCUGCCCGAGAUUGCUACUGGUGGCCUAGGAGGGAAGAUGAAGGGUGCUAAAGGCAAGGCUCCUGAAAUGAUUGUUCAGAAGCCUAAAAUCUCCAUGCAGGAUGUGGAUCUGAGCGUUGGGUCCUGUAAACUGAAAGGAGAUAUGAAGGUGACUGCUCCUGAGGUGAAAGGUGAUGUUAAAGGCCCUCAGGUGGCAGUUAAAGGCUCCAGAGUGGACAUAGAGACACCUAACUUAGAGGGGACCUUGACAGGCCCCAAACUCAGCAGCCCUUCUGGAAAAAUGGGGGCCUGUAGGAUCUCUAUGGCAGAUGUAGACUUAAAUGUAGCUUCACCUAAAGGUAAAGGGGGUGUAGAUGUCAUGCUACCCAAAGUAGAAGGAAAAAUCAAAGCCCCUGAACUUGAUGUCCAAGGCCCCAAAAUGGAUGUCAAUGUACCAGAUGUGGAAGUUCAUGGCCCAGAAUGGAACUUGAAGAUGCCUAAGAUGAAGAUGCCCAAGUUCAGUGUCCCAGGAGUCAAAGGAGAAGGCCCAGAUGUAGACGUGACUCUACCCAAAGGAGACAUCAGUAUUUCAGGGCCUAAGGUCAAUAUAGAAACCCCAAAUGUCAACAUGGAGAUUCCGGGGGGAAAACUUAAAGGUCCUGAUGUUAAUCUGCCUGAAGUGAGCGUCAAAACUCCAAAGAUUUCUAUGCCUGAUGUAGACCUGCACAUCAAAGGCGCAAAGGUGAAGGGAGAGUAUGACGUAACAACACCAAAGCUUGAGGGAGAACUGAAAGGUCUCAAAGUGGACACUAAUACCCCGGAAGUGGACGUUCAUGGCCCAGGCCUGAAGAUGCCCAAGAUGAAAAUGCCCAAGUUCAGCAUGCCAGGAUUCAAAGCAGAAGGCCCAGAAGUGGAUGUCAAUCUGCCCAAGGCUGAUGUGGACAUUUCUGGGCCUAAGGUGGAGGUCAGUACUCCAGAAGUGAGCGUUGAAGGACCAGAAGGGAAACUGAAAGGACCUAAGUUUAAAAUGCCUGAAAUGAAUAUCAGAGCCCCAAAGAUCUCCAUGCCAGAUGUGGACUUACACUUAAAAGGCCCCAGUGUAAAGGGAGAAUAUGAUGUCACCGUGCCAAGGGCUGGAGGUGAGAUUAAAGUUCCUGAUGUUGAACUUAAGAGUGCCAAGGUGGACAUUGAUGUCCCAAAUGUGGACGUUAAAGGUCCCGAAUGGCACAUGAAGAUGCCUAAGAUAAAAACGCCCAAGUUUGGCAUGCCGGGCUUCAAGGCAGAGAGUCCAGAAGUAGAUGUGAAUCUCCCGAAGGCCAACAUUGAUGUCUCGGGACCCAGAGUAGACAUCAAAGCUCCAGAGGUGAACAUUGAAGGACCUGAAGGAAAGCUAAAGGGUCCCAAGCUGAAGACGCCCGAGAUGAAUAUCAAGGCCCCCAAGAUCUCCAUGCCUGAUGUGGAUUUGCAUCUGAAAGGUCCAAAUAUAAAAGGAGAGUAUGAUGUCACAGUGCCAAAGGUUGAAGGAGACUUGAAAGGCCCAAAAGUAGAUGUCAGCGCUCCAGAUGUUGAUAUUCAUGGUCCUGAUUGGAACUUGAAAAUGCCAAAGAUUAAAAUGCCCAAGUUCAGCAUGCCGAGUCUCAAAGGAGAAGGCCCAGAUUUGGAUGUGAGCAUGCCCAAGGCUGAUAUGGACAUUUCUGUACCAAAGCUAGAUAUUAGUGCUCCAGAUUUGAACCUUGAGGGACCAGAAGGGAAGUUGAAGGGUCCCAAGUUUAAGAUGCCUGAGAUGCAUUUCAAGGCUCCAAAGGCGUCACUACCAGAUGUGGACCUAGAUCUCAAAGGACCCAAAAUAAAAGGAAAUCUAGAUGUGUCUACACCAAAAAUAGAGGGAGAGAUGAAAGUUCCAGAUGUGGACAUCAAAGGUCCAAAGGUAGAUAUUAAAGCUCCAGAUGUGGAAGGUCAAGGCCCAGACUGGAGCCUGAAAAUGCCAAAGAUGAAAAUGCCCAAGUUCAGUAUGCCUACUCUCAAAGCUGAGGGUCCAGAUGUGGAUGUGAACCUACCUAAGGCUAACAUUGAUGUCUCAGGACCAAAAGUUGACAUUGAAACCCCAGAUGUGAGCCUUGAGGGCCCAGAAGGAAAGCUGAAGGGCCCCAAGUUUAAGAUGCCCGACAUGCACUUCAAGGCCCCCAAGAUCUCCAUGCCUGAUGUGGACUUACACUUGAAAGGCCCCAAAGUCAAAGGGGACGUGGAUGUGACGGUGCCCAAGAUAGAAGGUGAAGUGAAAGUACCACAGGUUGACAUCAAAGGCCCCAAAGUGGACAUUGAUGCUCCAGAUGUGGACGUUCAUGGUCCAGACUGGCACCUGAAAAUGCCCAAGAUGAAAAUGCCCAAGUUCAGCAUGCCUGGCUUCAAAGCAGAGGGCCCUGAAGUGGAUGUGAACCUGCCUAAGGCUGACAUUGAUGUCAAAGGCCCCAAAGUUGACAUUGAGGCUCCAGAUGUGAGCAUUGAGGGUCCAGAAGGGAAACUGAAGGGUCCCAAGUUUAAGAUGCCUGACAUGCACUUCAAAGCCCCCAAGAUCUCCAUGCCUGAUGUGGACUUAAAUAUUAAGGGGCCCAAAGGAAAAGCAGAUGUGGAUGUAUCAUUGCCUGAGGUAGAAGGUGAAAUAAAAGUGCCAGAUGUGGACAUUAAAGGACCCAAAGUUGGCAUUGAUGCUCCAGAUGUUGAAGCUCAUGGACCAGACUGGCACCUUAAGAUGCCUAAAAUAAAAAUGCCCAAGUUCAGCAUGCCUGGCUUCAAAGGAGAGGGCCCUGAGGUGGAUGUGAACCUGCCUAAGGCUGACAUUGAGGUCUCAGGACCCAAGGUGGACAUUGGUGUUCCAGAUGUGAACAUUGAAGGUCCUGAUGCCAAACUGAAAGGACCAAAAUUUAAGAUGCCAGAAAUGAAUAUAAAGCCUCAGAAGAUAUCCAUGCCAGAUGUUAGCUUGAAUUUGAAAGGCCCUAAAGUGAAAGGAGAAUAUGAUGUCUCAGUUCCAAAAGUGGGAGGAGAAAUAAAAGCUCCUGCUGUUGACAUCAAAGGCCCUAAAGUAGAUGCACCAGAUGUGGACGUUCAUGGUCCAGACUGGCAUCUGAAGAUGCCCAAGGUGAAAAUGCCCAAGUUCAGCAUGCCUGGCUUCAAAGGAGAGGGCCCUGAAGUGGAUGUGAACCUGCCUAAGGCUGAUAUUGAGGUCUCAGGACCCAAGGUGGACAUUGAGGCUCCAGAUGUGAAUAUUGAAGGCCCAGAAGGGAAACUGAAGGGUCCCAAGUUCAAGAUGCCGAGCAUGAAUAUACAGACACAUAAAAUCUCUAUGCCUGAUGUUGGGCUUAAUCUGAAAGGACCUAAAGUGAAAAGUGAUGUAGAUGUUUCUCUUCCAAAAGUCGAAGGAGAUUUGAAAGGUCCUGAAGUUGAUGUUAAAGUCCCUAAGAUGGAUGUGGAUGUUGGUGAUAUUGAUAUUGAAGGUCCAGAAGGGAAACUGAAGGGCCCCAGGUUUAAGAUGCCUGACAUGCACUUCAAGGCCCCCAAGAUCUCCAUGCCUGACGUGGACUUACACUUGAAAGGCCCCAAAGUCAAGGGGGACGUGGAUGUGACGGUGCCCAAGAUAGAAGGUGAAGUGAAAGUUCCUGAAGUGGACAUCAAAGGCCCCAAAGUGGACAUUGAUGCUCCAGAUGUGGAUGUUCAUGGUCCAGACUGGCACCUGAAGAUGCCCAAGGUGAAAAUGCCCAAGUUCAGCAUGCCUGGCUUCAAAGGAGAGGGCCCUGAGGUGGAUGUGAAUCUACCAAAGGCUGACAUUGAGGUCUCAGGACCCAAGGUGGACAUUGAGACUCCAGAUGUGAAUAUUGAAGGUCCAGAUGCAAAGCUGAAGGGCCCCAAGUUCAAGAUGCCCAAGCUAAAUAUCAAGGCUCCCAAGAUUUCCAUGCCAGAUGUGGACUUGAAUUUGAAGGGGCCUAAGCUGAAAGGAGAGAUAGAUGCUUCUGUGCCAGAAAUGAAGGCUGAUCUCAGAGGUCCUCAAGUUGAUGUCAAAGGCCCCAGUGUGGAUGUGGAAGUGCCUGAUGUUGACCUGGAAUGUCCCGAUGCAAAGUUGAAGGGCCCCAAGUUCAAGAUGCCCGACAUGCACUUCAAGGCCCCCAAGAUCUCCAUGCCUGAUGUGGACUUACACUUGAAAGGCCCCAAAGUCAAGGGGGAUGUGGAUGUGACGGUGCCCAAACUGGAAGGAGAUUUGAAAGGCCCCAGUGUGAAUGUGGAAGUGCCUGAUGUUGACCUGGAAUGUCCCGAUGCAAAGUUGAAGGGCCCCAAGUUUAAAAUGCCUGACAUGCACUUCAAGGCCCCCAAGAUCUCCAUGCCUGAUGUGGACUUACACUUGAAAGGCCCCAAAGUCAAGGGGGAUGUGGAUGUGACGGUGCCCAAACUAGAAGGAGAUUUGAAAGGCCCCAGUGUGGAUGUGGAAGUGCCUGAUGUUGACCUGGAAUGUCCUGAUGCAAAGCUGAAGGGCCCCAAGUUCAAGAUGCCUGACAUGCACUUCAAGGCCCCCAAGAUCUCCAUGCCUGAUGUUGAUUUCAACUUAAAGGGUCCUAAAAUCAAAGGAGAUAUUGAUGUUUCAGUCCCAAAGCUUGAGGGGGAAUUAAAGGCUCCAGAACUGGAUGUCAAGGGCCCCAAAUUGGAUGCUGACAUGCCAGAAGUAGCUGUGGAAGGCCCAGAAGGUAAAUGGAAAAGUCCUAAAUUCAAGAUGCCAGAAAUGCACUUUAAAGCUCCAAAAAUCUCCAUGCCAGACAUUGAUCUUCACUUAAAGAGUCCAAAGAUAAAGGGGGAGAUUGAUGUAGAUGUCCCCAAAUUGGAAGGAGACCUCAAAGGGCCAAAUGUGGACAUGAGUGGGCCAGACAUUGAAAUUGAAGGACCAGAAGGCAAAUUGAAAGGCCCUAAGUUCAAAAUGCCUGAGAUGAACAUCAAAGCUCCUAAAAUCUCCAUGCCAGAUUUGCAUCUUAAGGGUCCCAAGGUAAAGGGAGAUGUGGAUGUUUCCCUACCCAAAGUGGAAGGAGACCUCAAAGGCCCAGAGGUUGACAUCAAAGGACCCAAAGUGGACAUUGAUGUUCCAGAUGUGGACGUUCAUGGUCCAGACUGGCACCUGAAGAUGCCCAAGAUGAAAAUGCCUAAGUUCAGCAUGCCUGGCUUCAAAGCAGAGGGCCCUGAAGUGGAUGUGAAUCUACCACAGGCUGACAUUGAGGUCUCAGGACCCAAAGUGGACAUUGAGGCUCCAGAUGUGAAUAUUGAAGGUCCAGAAGGGAAACUGAAGGGUCCCAAGUUCAAGAUGCCUGAGAUGAACAUCAAGGCUCCUAAAAUCUCCAUGCCUGAUUUGCAUCUUAAGGGUCCCAAAAUAAAGGGAGAUGUGGAUGUUUCCUUGCCCAAAGUGGAAGGCGACCUCAAAGGUCCAGAGGUUGAUAUUACAGGCCCUAAAGUGGACAUUGAUGUUCCUGAUGUUAGCAUUGAAGGUCCAGAGGGCAAACUGAAGGGCCCCAAGUUCAAGAUGCCUGAGAUGAACAUCAAAGCCCCCAAGAUCUCCAUGCCUGACAUUGAUCUUAACCUGAAAGGCCCCAAAAUGAAGGGUGAUGUGGACGUGUCUCUGCCCAAAAUGGAAGGUGAGAUUAAAGUUCCUGAAGUUGACAUCAAAGGACCCAAAGUGGACAUUGAUGUUCCAGAUGUGGACGUUCAUGGUCCAGAUUGGCACCUGAAGAUGCCCAAAAUAAAAAUGCCCAAGUUCAGCAUGCCUGGCUUCAAAGGAGAGGGCCCUGAGGUGGAUGUGAAUCUACCAAAGGCUGACAUUGAGGUCUCAGGACCCAAGGUGGACAUUGACGUUCCAGAUGUGAACAUUGAAGGUCCUGAUGCAAAGCUGAAGGGCCCCAAAUUCAAGAUGCCUGAGAUGAACAUCAAGGCUCCUAAAAUCUCCAUGCCUGAUUUGCAUCUUAAGGGUCCCAAAAUAAAGGGAGAUGUGGAUGUUUCCUUGCCCAAAGUGGAAGGCGACCUCAAAGGUCCAGAGGUUGAUAUUACAGGCCCUAAAGUGGACAUUGAUGUUCCUGAUGUUAGCAUUGAAGGUCCAGAGGGCAAACUGAAGGGCCCCAAGUUCAAGAUGCCUGAGAUGAACAUCAAAGCUCCUAAAAUCUCCAUGCCUGAUUUUGACCUUAAUGUUAAAGGCCCCAAAGUGAAAGCAGAUAUGGAUGUUUCACUUCCAAAUGUAGAGGGUGAUUUGAAAGGACCUUCUCUUGAUAUAAAGGGUCCAAAAUUAGACAUAAAUGCUCCAGAUGUUGACAUUCAUGGUCCUGAGGGCAAAUUAAAAGGUCCCAAACUGAAAAUGCCUGACAUGCAUGUAAACAUGCCCAAGAUCUCCAUGCCAGAAAUUGACUUGAAUUUAAAGGGCUCGAAGCUCAAGGGAGACAUUGAUGUAUCUGGACCCAAAUUAGAGGGUGACCUUAAAACUCCCAAGUUGGAUGUGAAGGGCCCAGAAGUGGACAUUUCUGCUCCCAAGGUCAAUAUUGAAGGGAAAUCAAAGAAAUCUCGAUUUAAGCUUCCCAAAUUUAAUUUUUCUGGGUCCAAAAUUCAGACACCUGACAUGGAUGUCAAAGUUAAAAAGCCAGAUGUUGAUGUAACAGCACCAAAAGUUGAUAUUAAUGCUCCAGACGUUGAAGUCCAUGGCAAAGUGAAAGGAUCCAAAUUUAAAAUGCCUUUCCUGAGUAUUUCAUCUCCCAAAGUUUCUAUGCCUGAUGUAGAGCUAAAUUUGAAAGGUCCUAAAGUCAAAGGAGACUUAGAUGUAGCAGGCCCAAAUUUAGAAGGAGACUUUAAAAGCCCCAAAGUGGAUAUUAAAGCAGCAGAAGUUCAUCUUAAUGCACCUGAUGUGGACGUUCAUGGUCCAGAAUGGAAUCUGAAAAUGCCCAAGAUGAAAAUGCCCAAGUUCGGUGUGUCUGGCUUAAAAGCAGAAGGGCCUGAUGUGGCUAUGGAUUUACCAAAAGGAGACAUCAAUAUAGAAGGUCCAAGUAUGAAUAUUGAGGGCCCAGAACUCAAUGUGGAAUGUCCAGAGGGAAGCUUAAAAGGCCCCAAAUUUAAGAUGCCCGAGAUGAACAUCAAAGCUCCGAAGAUCUCCAUGCCUGACAUUGACUUAAACCUGAAAGGCCCAAAGGUAAAAAGUGAUGUAGAUGUUUCUCUUCCCAAACUUGAAGGCGAUCUUAAAGGGCCAAAAGUUGAUAUCAAAGGCCCCAAAAUGGAUGCUCCAGAUGUGGAUGUUCAUGGCCCAGACUGGCAUCUAAAGAUGCCCAAGGUGAAAAUGCCCAAAUUCAGCAUGCCUGGCUUCAAAGCAGAGGGCCCUGAAGUGGAUGUGAACCUGCCUAAGGCUGACAUUGGUGUCUCAGGACCUAAAUUGGAUAUUGAAGGCCCUGAUGUAAACAUUGAAGGACCAGAAGGAAAGUUGAAAGGUCCUAAGUUCAAGAUGCCUGAGAUGAACAUCAAAGCUCCUAAAAUCUCCAUGCCUGAUUUGCAUCUUAAGGGUCCCAAAAUAAAGGGAGAUGUGGAUGUUUCCUUGCCCAAAGUGGAAGGAGACCUCAAAGGUCCAGAGGUUGAUAUUACAGGCCCUAAAGUGGACAUUGAUGUUCCUGAUGUUAGCAUUGAAGGUCCAGAGGGCAAACUGAAGGGCCCCAAGUUCAAGAUGCCUGAGAUGAACAUCAAAGCUCCUAAAAUCUCCAUGCCUGAUUUACAUCUUAAGGGCCCCAAAGUCAAGGGAGAUGUGGAUGUUUCCCUACCCAAAGUGGAAGGAGACCUCAAAGGCCCAGAGGUUGACAUCAAAGGACCCAAAGUGGACAUUGAUGUUCCAGAUGUGGACGUUCAUGGUCCAGAUUGGCAUCUGAAGAUGCCCAAGGUGAAAAUGCCCAAGUUCAGCAUGCCUGGCUUCAAAGGAGAAGGCCCUGAAGUGGAUGUGAACCUGCCUAAGGCUGACAUUGAGGUCUCAGGACCCCAGGUGGACAUCGAUACUCCUGACAUUGACAUCCAUGGUCCGGAAGGGAAACUGAAGGGCCCCAAGUUUAAGAUGCCUGAUCUUCACCUCAAGGCACCCAAGAUCUCAAUGCCAGAGGUUGAUCUGAACCUGAAAGGGCCAAAAGUGAAGGGUGAUGUGGAUAUUUCUCUGCCAAAAGUGGAAGGAGACUUCAAAGGCCCAGAGGUUGACAUCAAAGGCCCCAAAGUGGACAUUGAUGUUCCAGAUGUGGACGUUCAUGGUCCAGACUGGCACCUGAAGAUGCCCAAGAUGAAAAUGCCCAAGUUCAGCAUGCCUGGCUUCAAAGGAGAGGGCCCUGAAGUGGAUGUGAAUCUACCAAAGGCUGACAUUGAGGUCUCAGGACCCAAGGUGGACAUUGAUGUUCCAGAUGUGAAUAUUGAAGGUCCAGAAGGGAAACUGAAGGGUCCCAAGUUCAAGAUGCCUGAGAUGAACAUCAAGGCUCCCAAGAUCUCCAUGCCUGACUUUGAUUUGCAUCUGAAAGGCCCCAAAGUGAAGGGAGAUGUGGAUGCUUCCCUGCCUAAAAUGGAAGGUGAAUUUAAAGGCCCCAGUAUUGAUAUCAAGGGCCCCAGUGUGGAUAUUGACACUCCUGAUGUCAAUAUUGAAGGUCCAGAAGGAAAAUUAAAAGGACCCAAAUUUAAAAUGCCAGACAUGCACAUCAAAGCACCAAAGAUUUCCAUGCCUGACUUUGACUUAAACCUUAAAGGGCCCAAGGUAAAAGGAGAUGUGGACCUUGCAGUACCUAAGGUGGAAGGUGAUCUCAAAGGGCCAGAGAUAGACAUUGAGGGUCCCGAAGGAAAACUCAAAGGUCCCAAAUUUAAGAUGCCAGAUGUCCAUUUCAAAACCCCACAAAUUUCAAUGAGUGACAUUGAUUUGAACAUGAAAGGACCUAAGAUAAAGGGAGAUUUGGACGUUUCUAUUCCUAAACUAGAAGGGGAUUUGAAAGGUCCCAAAGUGGAUGUCAAAGGCCCCAAACUGGACAUUGAUACUCCUGACAUUGACAUCCAUGGUCCAGAAGGGAAGCUGAAGGGCCCCAAGUUUAAAAUGCCUGAUCUCCACCUCAAGGCACCCAAGAUCUCAAUGCCAGAGAUUGACCUGAACCUGAAAGGGCCAAAAGUGAAGGGUGAUGUGGAUGUUUCUCUUCCAAAAGUGGAAGGAGACCUCAAAGGCCCAGAAGUUGACAUCAAAGGCCCCAAAGUGGACAUUGAUGUUCCAGAUGUGGACGUUCAUGGUCCAGACUGGCAUCUGAAGAUGCCCAAGGUGAAAAUGCCCAAGUUCAGCAUGCCUGGCUUCAAAGGAGAGGGCCCUGAAGUGGAUGUGAACCUGCCUAAGGCUGACAUUGAGGUCUCAGGACCCAAGGUGGACAUUGAUGUUCCAGAUGUGAACAUUGAAGGUCCUGAUGCAAAGUUGAAGGGUCCCAAGUUCAAGAUGCCUGAGAUCAACAUCAAGGCUCCUAAGAUCUCCAUGCCUGAUGUGGAUCUGGAGUUAAAAGGACCAAAAGUAAAGGGAGACUUUGAUGUGUCUGUUCCUAAGAUUGAAGGUACACUCAAAGGACCUGAAGUAGACCUGAAAGGUCCAGGCCUAGAUUUCGAAGGCCCUGAUGCUAAACUUAGUGGUCCUAACUUGAAGAUGCCAUCAUUGGAUAUAUCUGCUCCUAAAGUAACUGGACCUGAUGUUAAUUUGCACCUCAAGACACCAAAAAUUGGAGUUUCUGGGCCCAAGUUAGGAGGUGAAUUGGACGUCAAGGGCCCCAAAGUUGAUUUAGAAACGCCAAGCUUAGAUGUCCACAUGGAGAGCCCAGAUAUUAAUAUUGAGGGGCCAGAUGUUAAAGUUCCAAAGUUUAAGAAACCCAAGUUUGGAUUUGGUGCAAAAAGCCCUAAAGCUGACAUCAAGACACCCUCGGUUGAUGUGACUGUCCCUGAAGCAGAGCUGAGUGUUGAGACUCCUGAAGUAAGUGUUGGCGGAAAGGGCAAGAAAAGCAAGUUUAAAAUGCCUAAAAUCCACAUGAGUGGUCCUAAAGUUAAGGCCAAAAAGCAGGGAUUUGAUUUGAAUGUUCCUGGAGGUGAGGUUGAUGCCAGCCUUAAGGCUCCUGAAGUGGAUAUUGGCGGGGCAGGUCCUGAUGUUGCACUCAAAGGUGAUGUCAAGUCUCCCAAAGUCAAGAAAACCAUGUUUGGGAAAAUGUAUUUCCCAGACGUAGAAUUUGAUAUUAAGUCACCUAAAUUUAAAGCAGAGGCUUCCCUACCUAGCCCCAAGAUGGAGGGUGAAAUCAAGGUACCUGACCUGGAUAUUUCUUCCCCGGGGAUUAAUGUGGAAGCUCCUGACAUUCAUGUGAAGGCUCCCAAGUUCACGGUCCCAGGUGUGGAUGUCUCAGGGCCGAAGAUAGAGGGCAACUUGAAAGGUCCUAAGGUGCAGGCAAACUUGGACACACCUGACAUCAGCAUCGAAGGCUCUGAUGCCAAAAUCAAAGCCCCCUCAUUUAGUGUUUCUGCCCCUCAGGUCUCCAUACCUGAUGUGAAUGUUCAGUUGAAAGGACCAAAGAUAAAGGGUGAUGUUCCCAGUGUGGGACUGGAAGGACCUGACAUAGAUUUGCAAAGUCCAGAAGGAAAAAUCAAGUUCCCUAAGUUUUCACUGCCCAAGAUUAGUGCCCCUAGUAUGAAAAUGGAAGGUGGGGGCACUGAGAUCUGUGCCCAGAUGCCCUCCUUUGAAGGAAGCUUGAGCACAUCAGAUGUUAAGUUUGAAGGGCCUGAUAUGUCUCUAAAAGGCCCAGGAGUGGACUUGCCUUCAGUGAAUCUCUCUAUGCCAAAAGUUUCUGGGCCUGAUCUUGACCUGAACUUGAAAGGACCAAGUUUGAAAGGAGACCUGGAUGCAUCCAGUCCCAGCAUGAAGCUGCAGACCCCAGGUCUUGACCUCAAAGGUGUUGGUGGAAAAGUACAGAUAGGAGGAGAUGGUGUGAAGGUGUCAGGGAUUGAUGCCACAACAGCACUUAAUGUGGGGGCACCAGACGUGACGCUGAAGGGACCAAGCCUACAGGGAGAUCUGGCUAUGUCUGGGGACAUCAAGUGCCCUAAAAUAUCCGUGGGUGCUCCUGAUCUCAGUUUGGAGGCCUCAGAGGGUGGUAUCAAACUUCCCCACAUGAAGCUGCCUCAGUUUGGCAUCUCCACUCCAGGGUCCGACUUGGACAUGAACAUCAAGGGGCCACAAGUUUGUGGAGAACUAAAGGGGCCGGGGAUGGAUGUGAACCUGAAGGGGCCCCAUGUCUCAGCUCCAAGCAUGGACUUUAACGUGGAAGGACCAAAAGUGAAGGGGAGCCUUGGGGCCGCUGGUGAACUGAAAGGCCCAGCAGUUGGGGGAAGUCUUCCAGGUAUCAGUGUUCAAGGCCUAGAAGGAAAUCUCCAAAUGCCUGGAAUUAAGGCUUCUGGGUGUGAUGUGAAACUCCCAACGGGGCAGCUUUCUGGUCCCGAAAUUAAAGGAGAUCUGAAAGGUUCAGGAAUAGGUCUGCAUGAUGUCAGCGUCAAGGGGCCUUCCUUUAACACAGCAUCACCUGAGUCAGAUUUUGGUGUCAGCUUGAAGGGCCCCAAAGUCAAAGGAGGUGUAGAUGUCUCAGGGGGUGUCAGUGUCCCAGAUAUCAACCUGGGUGAAGGGCAUAUGAGUGUCAAAGGCUCUGGGGUUGAGUGGAAGGGACCCCAGGUCUCCUCCUCUCUAAACUUGGAUACAUCUAAACUUGCUGGGAACCUUCAUUUCUCAGGACCAAAGAUAGAAGGCGGUGUGAAAGGAGGCCAGAUUGGACUCCAAGGUCCUGGGCUGAGUGUGUCUGGGCCUCAGGGUCACUUGGAAAGUGGAUCUGGAAAAGUAACGUUCCCCAAGAUGAAGAUCCCCAAAUUUACCUUCUCUGGCCGUGAGCUUGUUGGCAGAGAAGUAGGGGUGGAUGUCAACUUCCCUAAAGUAGAGGCCAAUGUGCAGGCUGGUGCAGAAGGUGACUGGGAAGAGUCUGAAGUAAAACUUAAAAAAUCCAAAAUCAAAAUGCCGAAGUUUAAUUUUUCCAAGCCUAAAGGGAAAGGUGGUGUCACUGGCUCACCAGAAGCAUCCAUUUCUGGGUCCAAAGGGGACCUGAAGAGCUCAAAGGCCAGCUUGGGCUCUCUGGAAGGAGAAGCAGAUGCUGAAGCAUCUUCACCAAAAGGCAAAUUCUCCCUGUUUAAAAGCAAGAAACCAAGACACCGCUCCAACUCCUUCAGCGAUGAGAGGGAGUUCUCUGCGCCUUCCACCCCAACUGGGACUUUGGAAUUUGCAGGUGGAGAAGUUAAAGGCAAACAUGGAAAGCUGAAAUUUGGUACCUUUGGUGGGUUGGGUUCAAAGAGCAAAGGUCAUUAUGAGGUGACAGGGAGUGAUGAUGAGGCAGUCAAGUUACAGGGGAGUGGAGUGUCCUUGGCCUCCAAGAAGUCCCGGCUGUCUUCCUCCUCCAGCAAUGACAGUGGGCCUAAGGUUGGCAUCCAGCUACCUGAAGUAGAACUAUCAAUUUCCACAAAGAAAGAGUAGUGUGCCUUGAAUGUGUGUACAUAUAUAUAUAUAAAUACAUCAGCCUUGGGUGUGUUUGUAUAUAAAUUCCAAAGAGAAACACCCCAACAGCCUCAGCAAUAAUAGAGAUCUUGCCUCCACCAGUGGCAAGUGCUGACAAACCAAGUGCCUCUAGGCUCCUGGGACUCUGCAGCUAGGUAAAGGGUUCUAAGUUCAUCUGGCCCAUGUGCAAAGUCAACAGUAUUUGCCUUAAGAUUUCAGCUUUUGGUUUCUUUCUUUCUUUCUUUUUCUUUUCUUUUUUGCAUUGAACGCUGAGAGCCCGUGUUUACUAAGCAAGCUUUGUGUUUAUCAUCCUUAUUUUUACUGAGCAUUGUUAGUACCUGGGUAAUGGAAACCCACUUUUUUUUUUCAUUGUAAUGACUUUGGGGACUUUUGUGAGUAAAAGAGGGUGGGAUAAAACAUAGCAGAGGGGGCCAGGUCUUUGUUGCUCUGAAGGUUGGAAAUGUACAAACAGCACCACCUUGGCAUGGCUCAGAGGAGGUGGCAGCCAACCUCUACAGAGAACAGUUUCUCAGUUCUCUGUAGCAUGAAUUUUUAUCCCCAGGUGUGUUAGUUCCAGCCUAGUUUGGUGCUCAAGGUGAGAGGGGGAUUUGAAUAUGUUUGCAAACUAUCCAACCCAUCCCAUCAAGGUGAGGGGCUUCCAUUCUGGGUUGGUAAGAAAAGUGUUCAUUCAUGACUGCCAUGUUCUGAUUCCUUUUAACAAAUGUCAUCGUGAUUAAGGAAAUAUCUGGCACUUUAAUGGCAAAUUAAUUCAGAAUGUAAGAAAGUUGAUGCUGUACAAGGCAAAUAAAGCCAUUUAUUAACCCUGA